CCAAGAUGGCGGCGUACGAGAAGCGGCGAGCGGCCGCCGCCCCGGUGCCGACGGGGGGCAGCGGGCUGCCGGAGGCGGGGCGGGCAGCGCCGGGGGGCAGCGGGCUGCCGGAGGGCAGCGCGGCGGAGUUCCUGCUGCGAGCCGGAGUCACGGCCAUGGUGCGGGAGGCGCUGCUCAAGGUGCUGGAGGCGCGGCCCGCCGAGCCCGUGUCCUUCCUAGCCGAGUACUUCGAGCGGCUGGUGCUGGCGGAGGCGGCGGCGGAGCCCCCGGGGCCGCCGCAGCGCCUGGCCCGGGCGCUGUGGUACGUGUGCUUGGCUCAUCACUCGCACAGGACGGCCUUCGACAGCAACGCCGGCGCUGCCUACGAGGUGCUGGGCUGCGGCGGGCGGCGGCGGGCGGCGGGCGUGGACGGGCGGCUGUACAGCGAGCUGCUCCGGCUCAUCUGCCAGCGCGGAGCGGCCCCGGCCGAGGCGGCGGCCGAGCUGCUGCGCCGCGUCCGCUGCCGCGACCACGAGGCCGUCCCGUUCGACGUGUUCCGCUACGGCGUGCUCACCUGCUGCGUGCUGCUGGAGUUCGCGGCCAAGGCCGACGCGCUGUUCGCCGUGCUGGGCGCUGGGGACUCGGCGGACACGCGGCUGUGCCAGGCUGUGCUGCGGGCGCUGGAGGAUGCGCUGGGCACCGGGCACGGCUCGCGGCCCGGCCGCUACCUGGAGGCCGGCUCCAGGCUGGGCCCCGACAGGCUGGCGCUGGCCAUGGACCAGGCGCUGCAGGAGAGGAAGCUCAGCUCCUCCAUGAGCAGGGAGGAGUUCCUGAGGAAAGCCACCGCCCUGUUCAUAGCGAAGGUGAAGCCCGUGGAGUGAUGCCGGG